AUGCCACCCUUUAACUCUGUAAAGCCUGCUACCAAACCUCAUGUGACAAUAUCUGGUGGUAAUAGGGCAAAUUUUCUUUCGUCAUGGUUCUUUCUCUGGGUGUUUCGCAUGUUGAAAUUGUCAAGGACCUACAACUUGUGUGACGACAACUUGAAUUUGCAAGAUUCAGAAAGGGCCAAAACUGUCGGUGACAAAUUAGAAGGUUAUUGGAGAUUGGAAUAUGACAACAGGAAUUCGAGAAAACCAUCCAUUCGUCGAGCUCUUCUCAGUUCAUUUGGCGUUUCUUAUGCAUUCCUUGGAAUUUACAAGUUAAUCGGAGCAAUAUUCCUAUUUUUGGGCUCCUAUUAUCUCGUAAAUCGGUUGAUUAAAUAUGUCGAAUCGGAGAAUGACAGUACCCCCGAGUCUUACGCUUCUGGUCAUAUAUUCGCUUUGGGCUUGUUCCUGUGUGCCUUGUUGAGCAGCAUAUUUAUCAAUCAGGUUAUGUCCGAAUCCACCAGGAUUGGAGUGCAGGUCCGGGCUGCCCUAAUGGUUUUGAUUUAUCGAAAAUCUUUGCAAUUGAGUUCUGUGGGUGGAAACAUUGGCAAUAUUGGUGCACUGGGUUCCUUUGAUCGAUUGGAUGAAUUCUUAAUGAAACAAGAGAUGGAGCUCUUCAAACAAGGGGACGAACUUAUAGAGGAAGAUCCAGCACUAAGGAUUUAUUUUAAUGACGCGGAUUUUAAGUACGAAGGAUCUUCUGAUCAAGCAUUAAAAUUCUUGAAUUUAAAAGUCAAAGAGGGCGAGGUUAUUGCCAUUGUUGGCGAUGUUGGUGCUGGAAAGUCAUCGAUCUUAUCUGCAAUUAUUGGUCACAUUCGGAAGGAAAACGGCGUUCGCAAGAUCCGAGGUUCAAUUUCAUAUGUUCCUCAUGAUGCCUGGUUGUUAAAUACCACCCUAAAGGAUAAUAUCCUAUUUGGAAAUGCUUUUGAUGCCAAGAGGUAUAAAGAGGUAUUGCAUGUUUGUGCCCUCAAUCGAGACUUGGAGCUGCUCAGUUACGGAGAUUUGACCGAGAUAGGUGAUCGAGGCGUCAAUCUAAGCCUUGGACAAAGACAAAGGUUCCUCUCUGAGUGCAGUCAUAUUAUGGUAAUGAAGAAUGGUGUAUGUAUCGAGGAAGGAACAUACGAUGAAUUAAUAGAUAGAGAUGUCAACUUCGCGUCUUUGAUCAGCGAAUGUAUGGAGAUUGAGGAUCCUGAUCAAAUUUAUGAACUUACGAAUGAGAUUCGUCUUGAGCCGGUCUUGCGCGAAGAGAAUGAAAUUCCCGAAGAAUUGGAAAAUGUAAUUGUGGAGGGUAGCAAAAGCGUUUCGUCAACUUAUCACAACAACCACAAUAACGUCGUUUUUGCUAAUGGGCAAACAAUUAAUCGGAUAAUCGAGCAAAAUUUGCAUACCAUUCAAAACGCAAAUAUUAAUGAACGGACUAUAACAAAGAUUAUUGAGAAUAACCAACAUUCGGUUCUUGGCGGUGCUGGCAAGGACAGAGCGAUGGGGUUAACGGUUAAUAGGGAGUACAACGCUACCGCAAGAGCGGUCGAGAGAAAUCAACUCACGAUUCAUAGUUUCAAGGGAUUAGAAGAUAUAUCGAUGAUUGGUUCCAAUUUAAGAAGAAGAAAACCUAAAAUUCUUCAAGUCUACAUCGAUUAUUUUAGAAAAUCUACUGGGAUAACGGUUACGCUUUUGAUGAUUCUUACUUUCUGUUUCGUGGCAGCCGUGAAGAUCUUUAGCGGUAUUUAUAAUUGUUUGAUGGUAACAAUCCUUAUUGGUGUUUUUGCGCGAGGCGUAUUUUUCGCUUGGGUGGUGAUGCGCAAAAGUCAAUCCAUGCAUAAUAGGACGUUCUUGGGCCUCGAAGAGAGGUUUAAAGUUUUGGACGCCGACAGUAAGCCACCCAUUUUCGCACACUUGUCCGCUUCACUUGAGGGACUAGCAAGCAUACGUGUUUACAAUGCUCAAACGCGGUUUGAUUCCAUGAAUUUGGAAAGAAUUGAUGCUAAUAAUAAGGCAUUAUUCGCCAUGAUGCAAGUCAAAUUCUGGCAAUCGUUAUAUAUUGAUAUAAUGGCAUCCAUCUUUGUUUAUACGACUGCCUUAUUUGUUAUUGUUUUCUACAAUAAGAGCAUUUCACCUUCAACCGCGGGUCUGGCGGUGGCAAAUGCAAUGCAACUAUUAAUUUUUGGUCAAUGGAUGGUCCACUCUGGACGCGAUGUUGCCACAAAUAUGGAUAGCGUGCAACAAUUACUGUAUUUCCGAGAGGGUAUCCCGUCCGAGGCAUCUAACAUAGUCGAGUCUAACAGGCCUCCUUCGGACUGGGGAGAACGUGGCGAGAUUGAAUUUAAGCAUGUUACUCUCAGGUACAACAUAUAUGGCGUGGCAGUUUUAAGAAAUAUCUCUUUCCAUAUUCGCCCUCGAGAGAAGGUCGGAAUCGUGGGAAAGACGGGAUCUGGAAAAUCAACUUUACUUAUCAGUCUGCUAAGGAUCGUUGAAUCAACCGAAGGUCAAAUAUAUAUCGAUAAUUUGGACAUCAGCACCAUUGGACUUCGUGAUCUGAGAAACAAGAUUGCAAUAAUUCCUCAAGAACCUGUAAUAUUUGCUGGAACGAUAAGAUCGAAUCUUGAUCCGUUUAACAAAUGUACCGAUGACGAGAUUUGGGCCGCGCUUAAGGAGGUACAUCUACAGGAUAAGGUCAAAUCAAUGCAUGAUAAAUUAAAUACGCAAGUGUUGGAAAAUGGCAAAAAUUUUUCACUGGGGCAAAGACAACUGUUCUGUAUUGCCAGGGCACUCUUGAAAAAGACAAACAUUUUGGUGUUAGAUGAGGCGACGAGUGCGGUCGACCCACAGACAGAUCUGAUCAUACGGGAAACCAUUAAAAAGAAUUUUGAGGAUCACACAAUUUUGACGAUUGCACAUCGACUGAACACGAUCAUGGAAGCGGAUCGAAUAUUGUGUUUGGAUGAAGGACGUGUGAUUGAAUUUGACGAACCCGGACAUUUAUUAGAUAAUCCCGAAGGAUUCUUUUAUAAUCUAGUUGCACGCAUGGGUCCUGAAACUGCCGAAAAACUCAGAAAUAUGGCUGGAAUAUAUGGUUCGAGGACAUCGAGCAACGAUAGAUCCACUGGUGGCAUAAGGAACCUGAGUAUCUCAACGAAUGAACCAAUCAGCGAGGAUUCACAAGAAACUGUAAUAACACCACCACCAACGCCAAUUAAUCAAUAUCCUCAUCGAACCCAUAUGCCUCCUUCGUUGGGAGAAGUCUUUCAAAGACUCUCAGAGUCAAAUCCUUCGUCAACGCAUAACGAUAAAAACGAUGUUAAAUAG